AUGUCACCUCUGCUGCUCUCCCAUACAAGCCAUAUCCCCUUGAAGCCAGAGGCAGAAUGCAUCCCUUUGCUGCAUAAAUGUUCAGAUGUGGAAGAACUAAAGCAAGUUCAUGCCCGAAUGAUCAAAACUGGCCUCAUUCUAGAUGCCAUUCCAGCUAGCAGACUAUUGGCUGCCCUAUGUGCAGACUCCAAUGCAGGCAGCAUGACCUACGCUCUGAUGGUUUUUGAAAGAAUUCAGAAUCCUAACACAUUCAUGUGGAACACUAUGAUCAGAGCGCUGUCCAGCGGCAACAAUCCAGAAGAAGCUAUUCUCCUUUACUGCCAAAUGCUAUAUAAUGCAGUUCCACACAAUUCCUACACCUUUCCUUUCUUGCUCAAGGCCUGUGCUAAUCUACCAUCAGCCACAGAGGAAACCCAACAGAUCCACUGUCAUAUAAUUAAGACCGGCUAUGCUCUGGAGGUUUGCACCACCAAUUCUCUUCUCCACGUCUAUGCUAAAUCUGGCGGCAUUCUUUCAGCCAGCCAACUGUUUGAUUCGAUCCCAUGCAGAGACAUUGUCUCCUGGAACUCGAUGAUCGAUGGAUAUGCAAAAGGUGGCAAAAUUGAGAUGGCACGUGAAUUAUUUGAUCAGAUGGAGAAUAAGAACAUCAUCUCGUGGACAUCGAUGAUCACCGGAUACGUCGAGAACUGCCUCUUUAAGGAAGCCUUGGAACUUUUUCGAAAAAUGCAGGUGAUGGAUAUAGAACCAGAUACAAUUGCCCUUGCCAGUGUACUCACAGCAUGUGCUCAUGUUGGUGCUCUGGAUGAAGGGAGAUGGAUCCACACCUACAUAAAGAAGAAACAAAUUCGAUUAGAUCUAGUACUGCGGUGUGUUCUUGUGGACAUGUAUGCCAAGUGUGGCGAACUUGAUGAAGCUCUAGCUGUGUUCAAGACUACCAAAGAGAAGAAUGUGUGCAUGUGCACUGCAAUGAUCACCGGUUUUGCGGUGCAUGGGCGAGGAAGAGAAGCUCUUGAUCUGUUCACUGACAUGGAGAGAACAGGAAUUAAGCCGAAUAAUAUUACUUUCACAGGAGUCCUGACAGCAUGCAGUUAUGCAGGAAUGGUUGAGGAAGGGAAAUCAAUUUUUGAGAGAAUAGAAAAAGACUACGAUAUGAGCCCAUCAGUCGAGCACUAUGGCUGUAUGGUUGAUCUUUUAGGCCGAGCCGGGCUGUUGAAGGAAGCAGAAGAGAUGAUUAGAAAAAUGCCUGUAAAGCCAAAUGCUGCAGUUUGGGGAGCACUGCUCAAUGCCUGUCGAGUUCACUUAAACUUUGAGCUGGGAAGGCGCGUAGGCAAGAUCUUGAUAGAUUUGGAACCGAAACAAAGUGGGCGGUAUGUGCAGUUGGCCGGCAUUCUUGCAGCAGAGGGCUUCUGGGAUGAAGCAGUGGUCGUGAGAAAUCUGAUGAAAGAAAAGGGAGUUGCAAAGCUUCCGGGAUGCAGUUCCAUCAGCCUGGGUGGAUGUGUUCAUGAAUUCGUUGCAGGAGACAGGUCACACCCACAGACGGGAGAAAUUUAUCUCGAGUGGAACAAUAUUUUGAGAAGAUUGAAGAAAGAAGGAUAUGCACCCUCGACCGAAAACCUGCUGUUGGAUUUGGAGGAAGAGGAGAAAGAAACAGCGAUACAUUGCCACAGUGAGAAGCUGGCGAUCGCAUUUGGAUUCAUCAGAACCAAACCAGGAGCAACAAUUCGAAUUGUCAAGAAUCUCAGGGUGUGCUCGGACUGCCACAUCGUAACCAAGCUCAUCAGCAAAGUUUACAGUCGUAAAAUAAUCAUGCGCGACAGGAAUCGGUUUCAUGUUUUUAUAAAUGGGCAAUGUUCUUGCAGGGACUGUUGGUGAAAAUUGAAGCAGGUGGAUU